AACAUUUGCUCGUACGGUUGCGAAAUACAUGACAUUUUUUAUUGGCCAUCCGUAGAAAAAAAUGUGCUACCACAACUCUGAUCAAUUGUUUAUGGCGACGGUACAAAGAUAAACACUGCGUCCGAGUGUGUGUGUGCGUGCGUUUGUGGACCCCUGUCUGUGUGGGUGAGGGUGCGGAUUCUAAUCAAAAUAGUCGCGAAACAAUGGACCAAUUGUUACACCGCACAGCCUUGUGACUAGCGACGAAAAGCAUUGUUUGCCCGGAAGUGACCUGCUUUAGUUCGUGGUGAAAACGAGUGUAUCUUCUAUUUGUUCGUUGGCACAGCAUCUGUGUGGUCACUCCGCACGGGCGUGAAGAGGGGUUUUUUUGUUGUAAUUUAUUUUUGCAUUGAUAGUGAAGCUGUAACUUUUAAUGGUUUGUUUGCUAGCGGUCAAAAGUGUCGCAUGCUGACGGGACGGUAUCAGAACGCUGUGAAAUCUAGACUGGAAGUGCGUAAGCUGAGAUAACCACCCGCGUGUGCAAACCAGCAUCAUUGUGAAACACACAGUUGCCGGUCGCUAAAUGAGUAGAGCGCUUUUGGUCAUUCCGCAACGCUUGCUAUCAAUCGUCCGAUGUAACCAGGUUUCAUUGAUAACGCGCCAUUCGAGCAAAAUGAGCGAACAAACGGAGAGUAACAUUGUAAAGGGUGCUGAUAGUUGGUUCAACAAAUACACAGCCGUAGAGAGCUCUCCCGAGGGCACGUUUAAAGGGGUGAAGGAUCGGUUCAAUGGCAUCACGGUUGACUCAUGCAUGGAAACCUGCAGUCCCGAAAGUUUUCCAUCCGUCCUGAAACGAUCCCUCGAGCAUUGGAUUCAAAGCAAACACCGGGGCAUUUGGUUCAAGGUCCACUUGACCGCAGCUAGCUGGAUACCGGAACUAGUUAAUAAUGGAUUUCAAUUCCAUCAUGCCAAAAAUUCGUUUGUGAUGCUGUACCGCUGGCUUCCCACGGACGAAACGGCCAACAUUCCACCCUACUCGCAUACGAUGGUAGGUGUCGGGGCGCUUGUGAUAAACGAACGGAACCAGGUGCUGGUGGUUAGCGAAAACAAUGCCCUAAUCGUUGGGUCAUGGAAAUUACCGGGAGGCUAUGUGGAACCAAAUGAAAAUUUUAUUGACGCUGCUAUCAGGGAAGUGGCCGAGGAAACGAACAUUCGUACCGCGUUCGAAUCGGUCAUCUCGAUACGGCACGCACACGGUGCCGGUUUCGGCUGUUCCGAUCUGUACAUCGUCAUGGCACUAACGCCACUGUCGGAAGAAAUAACGAAAUGCAACCGAGAGAUUGCCAAAUGUGAAUGGAUGGAUGUGAACGAGUAUCUGGCCCAUCCGAAGGUACACGAAACGAAUAGAAAUUUUGUACGAACGUACCUGGAGUACAAACGGCACGGUUUACGCAUUGACUGUACGGAGGAAAUGCAUCAAGUGUUGAGGAAACGGUACAAUAUCUACUCAAUUGCCAAGGUCCCGGAGGGCGGCAAUGUUACCAGUAGUUCCAGUAAAACCGGCACAUUCAAAUUAUAGCAAACCGGACAAAGGUUCUGUUUUUAUGAAGCACGAUCGAUCGAUCGACCGCCUCGACGUUGAGGACAGGUAAGUUGUUACGCGGACGCAUAUUGCUUAACGGAAUUAAGCUGUUGUUUUUCAUGCUGUUUUACCAAAAUAAUAUCUGCUCUUGUGGAUACGA